AUGUCAAGAUUUUACAAUUCUAAUAAUGAUGAAAUUCUUUGUUCUAAAAUUUUAAUUGAAGGUGCCACUCCUCAUGUUGAUCCUAAGAUUCUAUCAAACUCAGAAAUUUAAUUUUAAAGCGAAAUUAGUAAUAUGGAGAGUAUAAGAUCAAUAAAUCAAGAGACCAAAAAAAAAAAUAAGCUCAUUCAGAAAAAUUCUUAAAUCUUUUCUCUUAAAUUUUAAGUAAAAGUAUUUUUAACAUAAGCAACCUGCGUUGGUAAACAGCAAAAAGUAAAUCCAACAAAGCCUAUUUAAAAUGGAAAAUAGUCAAGAUGGAAAACUCAAGUAAGUUUUGAAUAAGUAGAUGCUUAAGAAAUUAAAGGAUAAUUUAUUACAAAAUGCACAUAUUUUAUCACAUAACAUGUAUGAGGAAAAAAAACCAAUUUUAAAUUAUUUAUUUCAAGAUUAUGUGAUAUAAGAUGGUAAGUAAUUAAAAAAAAAUAAAAUUGCUAAUAGUUUAGAGAAACUUCUAUUCUUUUAAGUUUUCUUACCAUAAGAUAAUUUUGUGAAAUAUUGGAAUUUAUUCAGCAUUUUAUUCAGUUUUUUUACUCUUUGGUUUUCACCAUUCAUAAUAUCGUUUUAAUUAUUAUAAAACUUAAGUGUCUAAUAAACAAUAGUAUUUAUUUUCAUUUUCUUAUUGAUUGAUGGAUUAAUUACGUGUAAUAAAGCUUAUCUUAAACAAGGAGAAGUAAUUUAACAUGUAAUAAAAUUAGUUAGUUAUCAGUAGAAAAGACAUAAUAAAUAAUUAUUUAAGAAAUCAAGUCCUGAACGAUUUUUUAAAUUUGAUUAUAUGGAUAUUGAUGUAUAAUGGAAUAGAAUAGUUUUAGAUAGUUGAAAUGUUGUCAAUUUUGUAGAUAAUAAUAAUAAUCAACAUAGUUUAUAAAAAAAUAAAUAGUUUUGUUGAUUAUUUAUAUUUGAAUGGAAAUCUAAGUGAAGUAUUAGAUCUAAUAUUUUUAAUAAUAUCUUUAUAUUAUUUUGUUCACAUAAUAGGAUGUUUUUGGCAUUAUUUAGCAAUAUUAGGUUAGCAACUAAAUGAAAUUUCAUGGAUUCAAAAGUAUUCCCUUGAAGAUCAAACAAAUUUAAUAAAAUAUGAUUAUGCUGUAUAUUGGGCUACAAUGACUAUGGUAACUGUUGGAUAUGGCGAUAUUACUGCUUCAAAUCCAAUAGAGAUUGUGUUUUCUAAUUUUACAAUGUUUAUAAGUAGUUUUGUAUUUGCUUAUUCAAUGAAUUCAAUAGGAAUUAUUAUUAAGAAUCUUUAUGAUGUUAGAAAUUUAUGCAAGUAAAGUAUCUCUAUAAUUUUAAAGAAGAUAAUUGAUUUUGAUAAAUGCUUAUAUGAAGAAUAAUUUAGUUGAUGAUUCUAUAUCCAAUAGAGUAAGAAACUAUUUAAAAAACUAAGUUGAUCAUGAGUCUAAGAAUAAUUCAAUAGAAGUAUCUAAUCGACUAGCAAUUAUAGGCUUAAUAAAUAAUUGACAAUUUACCACAUGGAUUAAGAGAUGAUGUAAACAUAAACAUUAAGACAAGAAUAUUAUAAAAUAUGAAACUAUUAGUAAGUAACUUCUCUAAAUAAACUUAAUCUUAAAUAAUUUAGAAACUUGAAUAGGUUGGUUUUAUACCAAAUGAUAUUAUUUACGAUCCAAAUGGAUUAAAUAUAGAUUAGUAUCUGUAAGACUUAUUUCUGAGUACAUAGCUACUACUUAGAUUAAGGAUCAGUAAGUUUAGUAGAAGUGAGAACACAGAAGAUCAUUUAAGAGUUCAAAGAAGGAGAUACUUUAGGAGAGCAUUCCUUUAUAAGUGGCUUAAAAUAAAAAUUUAAAUUAAUUAGCACAAGCUAUUGCUAAUUAUAUCGAAUAUCCAGAUAAGAACUUUUGACGGUGCUUUAAAAUAAUUAGAAAGAUAAAGAAAUAUUUUAUUCUUUAUAAGACUAAUUACUAUAUCUUUCUGAUUAUAGUUUAAUAAAUAAGAAAUGUAAUAUAUGCCAUAAGUUUGAUCAUUAAAAUAGUGAUUGCUUCAUUAUAUCAUAUAAACCUAAUUUAGAAAAGCUUGUUAAGAUUCAGGAAUUCUUAUUCUAACCAAGAAAUAAGACAAAUAGAAAUGAACGAUAAAAACUUAAAGUUAUUAAUUCAAUUUAAGUAUCAUUUUAAAUUACUUAGGGAAUAUAAAAUACAAUCUUAUAAUUUUAAUAAUGUGAAGUAGUAUCUAAUUAGAAUGAAACUUAAACAGUGAUUAGUGGAACUAAGCGAAUAAAACAACAAUAUUCUACUCACAGAUAAAGUGAUAAUAAAAUUGAAUUACAAGAACCAUCUUUACUAAGUGAAUAAUCUCCUGAAAUAUAAUUAGAUAAAAAAACUUAUAGAAAACCUUCCUCUAAUUUUACUGGAAAAUUUAACAUUUAAAAUUUACAGAGUAUGGAUAAUAAAGAUGCAUAACGAAAAAUAUCAAUAGCCAUUCUUAAAGAGUCAACUUAAAAUCCAGAAUACUCAAGUUAAUAAAUAAUUCAAUUAAGAUCUAUUAAAAAUCUUUCGAAUACUGCUAUCUAAGAAUUAGAUGAUCAUAUAAAAUAGAUUAAAUUUAUAGAUAUUGACAAAGGGUUUGAAUUUUAAAAUUAUUUACCAUAAAAUAAUCUUGAAAAUGUAAUCUUGAAUUACAAUAAAUAAAAACUUAAAUUUCUACCAAUCUACUCAAAAAUCAUGAAAUAAUCUUUGAAAUACACUUUUUAUUAUAAAAUAGCCAAAUUAGCAUCUUAAAUGAGGAUGAUAUCCGCUCCUAUAACAAGAAGAAUAUUGAAAUGUCAUCAAAUGAAAAAACUAAAAAAAUGA